GUGACAGAGAAAAAAGAAACAACAGAAACAAUCGAGGAGUGCAAACAGAAAGCACCUACCCCAGACAAGCAGUGUUUCUGUACCGUUAUUCUGUGUUUUAGACGGAGUUAAGCGUCUCAGUUUGAUUUUAAAAAUGUCUUCUUUUACAAUCGAGAGACAAACGCGGGUCGCUUCGGUGUUUCUUGGUGCCGUCGUGCUGGUUGUUAGCUUCGUUAGCCAGGGAGACUGUCAGACAACAACACCAUCACCACCAGCCCCAUGUUCUACAUACAGAAACUGUGACACUUGUGUUCCGCAUGCAAAGUGUCUGUGGUGCUUCACCACCAACAACUGCACAGAGUACCCAGUGAGCUGGUUGCUGCCCCCAUCGUCCGUGUGCAAGUUGUCCGAGGCCCGUUGGGGAGUGUGUUGGUUGAACUUUGAAGCCCUGAUCAUCACGCUGGCUGUCCUGGGUGGAAUCAUCCUCAUCAGCAUCGUGGCAUGCUGCUGCUGCUGCUGUUGCUGCAAGAAUCGUCGAUCAAGGCCUGACAGAGAUGAGGAGAGAUUUGUCAGAAGGAGAGAGGAGAUCAAACAGCGCGCAGAGGAACGAAACGUUGAGAGAAAGGCAAGACACGAUCAGAUCCGCAAGAAGUAUGGUCUGAUGUGUGACUCGGACCACCCAUACAGCAAGUUUGAGAACGAGUAAAGCAGCGGCAUUGGACCAGUUCCACAGGUAGCAUGUGGAGUUGGCUCUUAGUUUUAGCUUGAGUGAUAUCUCACACACCACAAUCAAUCAGACAAAUACUGCUUAGUGCCCUCAUUCUGACUGAUCCUAUUCAGACACAAAUCUCAGUUUCAUACUUAAAAAAAUCACAAACCUAAAGAAAAAAAAAAUCUUGAUUCUUGAUUCUUGCAAUGUUGUGUGUUGGACAGAUGGCUGUUGAAGCUUGUUUUAAAUCUUCCUGCAAAGUUCUUUUGUCCGCGUAAAUGUCAUUAUAUGAUUAAUCUCUUUUUAAAUAUUGUAGUUUCAUAUCAAUCUUUGCACUUUGUAUAUACAGUAAAUUAUGAUGUAUGGAAUACAAAAUAAUUAUUGUACCGCAGAUGUGUUCUGACACAUAAAUAAAGUUUUUUUCUCUUUUAACAA